CCUUCAAACACGUGUUUCACUGGGACAAUAGUGAGUGGUGCACACUUCCUUCGCCCGGCCACAGAAGACAAAAAAGAGUUGCUGGUGUAACAAUAGGAAGAAUAUAUUCCACUCCUCUCUUGUACACGCGGCUUAUGAGAUGAACGCUCGUCAAGAAGAACGUCCCCUUCAGCAGCAGGAGGAUCCACAGCCCCCCCACAUUAAAGAGGAAGAGGAGGAAGUGUGGAUCAGUCAGGAGGGAGAGUGUCCUGUAGGGCAGGAGGAGGCUGAUGUCAGCAAGUUUCCACUGACUGUUGUCUCUGUGAAGACUGAAGAGCAUGAAGACAAACCACCUGAGUCCUCACAGCUUCAUCACAGUCCAAACGUCUGUGGAGAACAACGUCUGCCUGAAAAAAAGGAGAGUAGCUUCAGGAUGGUGAAGGAGGAUCCUUCAAAGAGGAAGACCAGGCGCCACGGACCCUCUGGCGUCUCCUUUUCCUCUUUGACACAGACCCUUCCCUGUAAAAAGGAAGAGGAAGACUCACUGACGCCCCACAUUAAAGAGGAAGAGGAGGAACACAGCAUCACUCAAGAGGGAGAUCAUCUUGAAGGACUGGAGGAGUUCCCAGUGACUGGUGUCCCUGUGAAGAGUGAAGAUGAUGAGGUGAAAGGUGAAAGUGAGGAGAGGGGAGGGGGGGAGCCUCCAAGCAGCAGCUCAACACAACACAUGACAACAGAAGCUGAUGGAGACCACUGUGGAGGAUCACAAGCAGACAAGCUCUUAGCUCCACUAUCAGAUAGUGAGGACACAACGUCACACUCUCCUGACACUGAUGAUGAAGACUCUAAAGAUGAUAAGACAUGUCACACUGACAACACUCACUUCACAUCUUCUCACUGUCACAAAACUUUUAAAUACCAUAGUAAUCUGAAAAGGCACAUGAGUACACACACCGGAGAGAAACCUUUUUCCUGCUCAGAAUGUGGGAGAGAUUUUAGACUAAAACACAUGCUGAAAGUACACAUGAGAACACACACUGGAGAAAAACCUUUUUUAUGUUCAAUCUGCGGUAAAGAUUUUACUCAAAAGCACCAUUUGAAAACACACAUGAGAAUACACACUGGAAAAAAACCUUUUUCCUGUUCAAUCUGCGGUAAAGAUUUUACUCAAAAGCACCAUUUGAAAAUACACAUAAGAAUACACACUGGAGAAAAACCUUUUUCUUGCUCAGAAUGUGGUAAAAGUUUUGUAAUAAAUCAAAGUUUAAAAGUACAUAUGAGAACACACACUGGAGAAAAACCUUUUUCAUGUUCAAUCUGUGGUAAGGUUUUUACUCAAAGGGACCAUUUAAAAAAACACAUGACAAUACACACUGGAGAAAAAACUUUUUCCUGCUCAUAAUGUGGUAAAAGUUUUGUCAUAAUACAAAGUUUAAAAGUAAAUAUGAGAACACACAUUGGUGAAAAACGUUUUAUAUGUUCAGUAUGUGGUAAAAGUUUGAAUAGAAAGACAACAAUUAAAAUUAUACAUGAGAAUGCAAUCAGGUGAAAAACCAUACUCCUGUUCAAUCUGCAACAAAAGCUUUGGUCACCUAAACACUCUUACAGUACACAUGAGAAGACACCCAGGAGAGAAAGUGUUGAGUUGCAGUGUGUGUGGUGAAAGAUUGUCUUCUAAGUAGCAGUGUAAGAAACACAAGUGUGCUGGUGAGAACAGCAGCAGCAAAUGAAACUGCAGGAUUUGAAAUAAACUGUCCAGACUUUCAUUUUGACUUUCUAACAACAUCAGCACAUAUAACAUGUGUGACAUUGUUGUUUGUCUAACAAUCUGUUUAAUAUGCUUCUACAUUUAUAGAUUAGACACUUCAGUUUAGUGCUUUUAUUUCAGUCAAGUACAUGAGUUAAUAUACACAUUUGUGUACUUUAAAAUGAACACAACAAUUUGACCGAAAGGGUGAAAAUAAACUACAUAAAAUAUGUUACAUACAAUAAACAUUUUAAGUGUCGAUAUUUAUAAUUCAGUUUUAUACUUAUUCAUAAGUGUUUUAUAUAAGUUUUUUUGAACAAUGAAGUGUUACAUAUUUUAUUUUCUAAUUGUAGAUAAUUGCAUAGAUGAACUCCUUUAUAUGAUGUACAUAUUUGUUUUACAUGUGUUCAUACCUUUGCUUUUGAGUACACAUAAAUCCCUCUUAGUUCAUAUUUACUGCUUCACAUCUGAAACAUCUUCUGGACCACUUCUGGAAGCAUAUUAUUAUUUACUUUAUACAUCAUUUGAACAGUUGUCUUUUAUAUAAGAUCAUUUACUUUUAAAAUGUGUGACUUAAUCAUUUGUUGGGUCUCUAGAAUCCAUUCUAUGACUUAUCUUUAUUACUCUCUUUUGUAAUAUGAUGAUUGUUGUGUGAUUGUUUUAUAUGUAUGUCCCCAGACUUUUAUGCAAUAAACAAUGUAUGU